AUACCCGCAGUUAGCCAUCGGAACAGCAACCUCUCCCCUCUCAUCCUUCCUACGUCACUAUUGGCUUGGGAGAGUCGUGCCGUGCCAGUCGCCGCCGCUUCCCUCCCUGGUUCUUGGUCAGAUUCGCCCGUCUCCGGCACCCGAAAUUCCCAAUUGGUUCGUCGAUUGACCACCGAUCGUGCCUCUCCUUCCCUGGUGAAAGCUCAAUUCUUGCCCUGAUUCCUCCGCGGAUUGACCACGAAAUCUGGGGCGCUGGUGAACCGAGGAUAUUGUUGAUAAUUGCUGGACAGGAUGGAAAAGGAUGGUCCUGUGUCUUAAUGCACUAUGGCGUAGAGGCCUGAAGCCAGGAUCACCACAAAUUUGAGUUAAAAAGCAUAGGGCAGUGCAAGUUCAAGCCGUGGCAGAUGGAUGCCACCACCAGCAGUGGAGCUUCCUCAUCUCUUCCCCUUCAUCUCAUGGUAGACGAUACGCUUGCUCUUGUUACUCCAUUGCAGCAAUCAUUUCAGCGACCGCAGCGCCAUUGCUUUGGCGACUCUGCUCCUGGAGAAUUCCCAUUGGCUGCAAACCCAUCAAUUGUCCUCCAUGUCCUCACAUCAUGCAAUUUAGACCCAGAGGACCUCGCCCACUUGGAGGCAACAUGCACAUUUUUCAGGAAGCCUGCCAAUUUCCCUCCCGAUUUCCAAUUGUCCAUGUCGGAGCUCGCAGCGUUGGAUAUGUGUCAGAAAAGGGCUAUCUUUAAGCCUAUGACUGCACAUGAAAGAGAACUGUUUAAGCAACGCUGUGGUGGGAGCUGGAAACUAGUUCUUAGAUUUAUAAUGGCAGGUGAAGCAUGUUGUCGGAGAGAAAAAUCUCAGGCGAUUGCCGGACCUGGUCACAGCAUCGCUGUGACAACAAGUGGUGCUGUGUAUACUUUCGGGUCCAACAACUCUGGUCAACUUGGCCAUGGCAAUUUAGAAGAGGAGUGGAGACCACGUCUCAUCAGAUCAUUGCAGGGGAUUAGAAUUAUUCAAGCAGCAGCAGGAGCAGGGCGCACAAUGCUGGUCAGUGAUGCUGGUAAGGUGUAUGCAUUUGGAAAGGACUCCUUUGGAGAAAUUGAAUAUGGGGUUCAAGGUUCCAGGGUUGUGACUACGCCACAAAUGGUAGAAUCAUUGAAGGACAUAUACAUUGUCCAAGCAGCAAUCGGGAACUUCUUUACUGCAGUGCUGUCUCGGGAGGGAUGUGUUUAUUCAUUUUCAUGGGGGAAUGACAUGAGACUUGGUCAUCAGACAGAACCAAAUGAUGUGCAGCCACAUCUUCUCACAGGGGCUCUUGAGCAUAUACCAGUUGUGCAGAUUGCUGCAGGCUAUUGCUAUCUCCUUGCUUUGGCAUGCCAACCGACUGGCAUGUCUGUUUAUUCUGUUGGUUGUGGUUUAGGAGGGAAGCUCGGUCAUGGUUCACGAACUGAUGAGAAAUAUCCUAGGUUAAUUGAGCAGUUCAAAACUUUAAAUAUACAGCCAGUGGUAGUUGCUGCUGGGGCAUGGCAUGCUGCUGUUGUUGGCAAAGAUGGACGUGUCUGCACUUGGGGAUGGGGGCGUUAUGGCUGCUUGGGUCAUGCUAAUGAGGAAUGUGAAUCUGCUCCGAAGGUGGUUGAGGCUUUGAGUGGUGUAAAGGCUGUCCAUGUAGCAACUGGAGAUUACACAACAUUUGUGGUAUCAGAUAAAGGCGAUGUUUACUCGUUUGGAUGCGGUGAAUCAUCAAGUCUUGGCCACAGCACUAUAACUGAGGGUAACAACAGACAAUCAAACGUGCUUAGCCCUGAAUUGGUGACUUCUUUGAAGAGAGUUGAUGAAAAGAUGGUUCAGAUCAGCCUUACAAACUCCAUAUAUUGGAAUGCGCAUACAUUUGCUCUGACAGAUUCAGGGAAACUCUACGCAUUUGGUGCAGGGGACAAAGGGCAGCUAGGUACAGAACUUGUUGCGCAGCAAAGUGAAAGGGGGACCCCAGAACGGGUUGAAAUUGACCUCAAUUAGGUCAUAUUGUAGUUACCCUCUUCACUCCAAGUGCACACUCUUCUAACGUUCGUUGUCUAAUUCUUCACAUGACUUAGCUGGUGCCCUGCCUAAAUUCAGUGCCAUCCUGCACCCCAGGUCCCCAGCUGAUCCCUGUGAAAACAGUUACCAGCAAGGCACACAAACAGUCAGGUCUCAUUGCCAGUUCCAUGCAAACAUAAAUGGCUGGCCUGUGAUUGUUAAUUUAACAUGUUGUGAAUAUUUAAUCUUUCUUUCACCCUUAGCAUUGGCCAGUGCUGUAAAUCAAUGUACAUACUUCCAGUCUAGUUCCUUGACGUUCUUGUGAAAUUGCCAAGUGUGUAAAAGGUGUUACUGCCAGUUAAA